AUGGCUCGUCUUCUCCCCGUUUCUCACGGAAGCUACCUUCCAUACUGGGUGUUUAUGAUGUCCUUACUCGCCUUCUUUAACACUUAUGCAUGCUACACGAUUAGUGCCACCGACAAGGACGCCCACCCGAAUAUUGCAUACCCUCUUACCAACCAGUUAACACCACUAGCUGCACGCUUCUACGGCACUUGGACCGCGGCAUCCGGAGCCCUACGACUUGUCACUGCAUACAGAAUAAAGGAGAAGGGCCUGUAUAUUGCAACAUGUAUUGGAUUUGUCAUCACCUGUCUGAACUUCUUAUCCGAGGUGGUUGUGUUUGAGACAGCGACUUGGGGAAGUAUGGGGCCUGGGCUGGUGCUGGAUAUUACCACGGUUGUUUGGAUGGGAUCAGGCUUGCUAAAAUACGCUCUCCAGAAACUUACCACGCUACCACUGUCCGCCGUCAAACAACCUCCACAUCUAGCGUUGAACGCCGCGAGGACAAUGGUCACCGAGGAAACAACAGCUGCACCUCCCCCUGCGCCGACGCCGACGCCGACGUCGGUAGUGGACAUUGACGGCAAGGAAUAUGAAUCCGUCAAGGAAGGAUUGGCAUACAUUCUGAAACCAGUCGAGAAAACCGCGCGACCCGAGAAACCCCGCGGAAGCGGAACCGAACAGCAGGCGUCCGUCUUUUACAACCCAAUUCAGCAGUUCAACCGUGACCUGAGCGUUAUCGCAAUAAAUGUGUUUGCAAAUCAUGCGCUAGCUUUGAAGAAGGCUACAGCUGCUCGGGCACAGCGAAGAGGAAAAGGGCGCAAAGACAAGAAGAGGAAGAGGGAAGACGACGGAGACGGAGAUGGCGAUUCCGCGAAAAGUAAUAAGAAAAUUACGACGGAAGAAGGGCAGGAUGGAGGGGAAGUAUCCGUGGAAAACCAAGAGAAGCAACAAGAGCCUCCCAAACCAGAAGCGCCGCCAAUAAGGUUUCAGAUUCUGGAUGCGCUGUCUGCUACAGGUCUCCGAGCACUACGAUAUGCCAAAGAAGUGCCCCUGGCGACAACCAUUGUUUCGAACGACUUGUCUCCGUCGGCUGUAGAAGCCGUGAAGGUCAAUAUAAAGUACAACAAUGUUGAAGAAAUGGUGCGGCCCAACGUUGGAGAUGCCAGGGUGUACAUGUACGGCAUCCAAGCAGAAAAGAAAGACCAUAUUGUUGGAAAGUUUGAUGUCAUUGACCUCGACCCAUAUGGCACUGCAGGUCCAUUUCUCGACGCUGCCGUUCAAGCAGUCAACGAUGGCGGCCUGUUAUGCGUGACCUGCACCGACGCCGGAGUCUUUGCGUCGACCGGAUAUCCUGAAAAGGCGUUCUCCUUGUAUGGAGGCAUACCCACAAGAUUAGCCCAUGGACACGAGGUCGGACUUCGUCUUAUUGUCAAUUCCAUCGCAACCGCGGCAGCAAAAUAUGGCUUGGCCGUGGAGCCUUUGCUCUCUCUUUCCAUCGAUUAUUACGCACGAGUGUUUGUCCGCGUGCACAAGUCGCCGGCCGAGGUCAAGUUCCUCGCUGGCAAAACAAUGCUGCUGUACAACUGCGACUCGGGCUGUGGCGCCUGGACGACCCAGUAUAUGACCAGCACGCGCACACGAGCCAACAAAGUCGGCGACUUGUUCUUCCACCACGCUCUGGCACAAGCACCCACCUCGUCCGAAUUCUGUCGACACUGUGGCUUCAAAACACAUCUGGCAGGGCCCAUGUGGGGUGGCCCUCUGCACAAUGCUCAUUUCAUCCAAAACGUCCUCGACAUGCUCCCCGACUUGGAUCCGGAGACCUAUCCGACAAUGGAUCGAAUCGAAGGCAUGCUGACAACAGCCCUGGAAGAAGAUCUCGAUUUCCAGCCUCAAACUAAAUCCAAGGAAGUAGAGCAGCAACAACAACAACAACAAGAAGAAGAAGGACUCCCCCAAAAAACAAACAAACCAUCAUCCGCGCUAAUCCCCCGUCUCGAUCCACAACUCAAAGAAAAAUACCCCUUCUUCGUCUGCCUAAGUGACCUCUCUCGAGUCCUCCGCUCAUACACAGUCCCAAUAAACAUGUUCCGCGGCGCUCUGCACGGCCUCGGCUACCGCACAACACGCAGCCACACGCGGCCGAAUUCCGUGCGCACCGAUGCUCCAUGGGACGUCAUCUGGGAAGUGAUGCGAGAAUGGCAACGACAGAAAACAGGCGACAAGCAGCUGCCCACGCUGCCCGUGGGUACGCCGGGCGCGGGCAUUAUGAAACACAGUCGGAUAACACAGUACGAUGAAGGGGACGAAAAACCACUUGCGGCGCUGAAAAGAGAACUUUCAGAGGUCCUCGUUUCUGGAACAGAUGUGCGCGAUCUGACGACGAAGAUCGAAGCUGCCUUGUACCGCAAGGGAGCUUCAUCUUCUUCUGCUACUACUACUACUACUACUGCUCAACCCGUCUCCAAACCGAAAGACUCCAAUGAUGAAUCCAAUGGCGACGAGAACAACAAUGGUGCUGAUGCUACUGCUACUGCUAAUGCUGAAGAGCCCGCUCCUCCGCAUGCACUCAAAAUCGUCUUUGACGAGUCCCUCGCACCGCAGCCCACCUUGCCGAAGGGUGGUAAGAAAAAGGUGGUUCGUUAUCCAAUGAACCCCGAGGCGAAUUGGGGUCCAAUGAGUCGCGCUUCAGGGAGGUGA